AUGACCGUUAACGGGAGGCCGGAAAAUAAUCCGGCCGACCACCAACCCACCGAACAGGAACGUGAUCUCCUACAACGAAGCAUUAAAAAAGUGAGAAAGGGUGAGGAGGGAUUCACUGGCACCUCCAUCCUCACUCCAAGAAUUGAAGACUGGAUGCUGGAAGAACCGGAACCCGGUAAAAGGUCAUAUGCUAAUAUGGUCCGAGGAGAAAACCCAGAAGAUGAGAUCGAGCUGGGAGACUCUGAAGAUGACGACAUGUCAAGGGAAGAAGGCAGCCAACCUGAAGACAUCCCUGAAACAGAAAACGAAGAAACAACAGAUAAACAUAACAAUACAAGCAAAUCAGAUAUCAAAGUGGUGGACUUGGGGGAAGGCCUCUUCAACAUCCUGAUCAGUGAAGCAGCGGAACGUGAACUAUGGAAACCUUGGUGGAGGUCUCUAAUAGUCAAACUGCUAGGAAGGAAAAUAGGCUAUGCAGCCAUGAAGAGAAGAUUGGAAACUAUUUGGGGCAGAUUUGGUGGUAUUGAUGUCAUAGAUUUGGGAAAUGAUUUCUAUAUCGUUAAAUUCUUGGCACAGGAUGAUCUUGAUCAUGCUCUACUAGAUGGUCCUUGGAAGAUAUAUGACCACUACUUGGCUAUUAGGCUGUGGGAACCAAACUUCAAUCCUCUUCUUACAACCAUAGACAAGAUCACAGCUUGGGUUAGAUUACCCGGACUCCCCAUAGAGCUCUACAAUGACCAAAUUCUAAGGAAGAUAGGAGAUCUCAUUGGAAAAACUUGCAAGGUUGACUACAACACCUCCCAUCUCUGUAGAGGAAAGUUUGCAAGAUUGUGCGUGGAGGUUGAUCUCACGAAACCUCUCCUUGGGAGAUACAUGGUCAAUGGAAAGCUAUACAACAUAGAAUAUGAAGGUAUACAUCAAAUAUGUUUUACUUGCGGAAAAGUGGACCAUGAUCAAAAGAAUUGUGCCAUGGGAAAAGAAAGAGUAGAACAGUCCAAUGAUAAGCAAGAUGCCAAUAAGGAUCAAGCGGGAAAUGAAGCCUACAACCAAGCGCAAACAGGGAACAAUAAUCAAACAAAACAAGAUGACAAAGAAGAAACCAGUAGAAAGGACAAAGGAAAAGCCAUAAUGAAUCAGAGCAAUGACAAUUUUGGCCCUUGGAUGGUAGUCCAAAGACAAAGAAGGGGGAAAAAAGAAUCAAAAGAAGAGGGCACUAAAAAUGGAGCAGGUACCAGCAAGACCACAGAAAAGAAAAGGGAUAUUUCAAGAUUUAGUGUCCUCGAAAUAGAAGAACCACAGCAAGGUACUGAAGAACCACAAGCAAACAACGAAGCCGAAAACACCCACCAGAACAACAACACAAGCCAGCACCAUAUGACAAAAGCUAAACCCCAACUAGAACAACAAACGGAGGCAAUAAGAGGAAGCAAGUCCAAAAACACAAGUUCCCAAGCCAAACAAUACACAAGAAAAAAUCUAGUUACAAGGAACCAAAAGAACAUACAACCUGAAGUAGAAACCAAAGACAUUCCCAGAAGCCGUCAAGAAGCGGCAUGCAAAGAAAACUGGAUAGAAGCUAAUGAUGACACUCAAGAUCAGGAGGAACAACAUGCAGAAAAAGAGACAAAUACACAGCAAAAUAUGGAAGAAGACAAACCACCUGACCCCACACACCUAUCGGAAAGCAGAAGAGAAGAUAUGGAGUUAGAAAUUCAGAAGGAAAUAUCAAAAUUAGUUGAAGGGGUUGACUUUGAAACCCCACCUAGCAAGGGUUGGAAAGAUGAAGAAUCUGCAGAUAUGCAGUUAAACUAA